AUGGCCGGUAACAACAACAACACUGUCCUCGUCCCGACCCCCGAUCCUUUCCGCCUUACGGACAUGAUCGAGGAAUCCAGCCAGGCUCUGCAUCGACGGGGAGGUCGGCGACACUCUGCUGAAAGGAAUGGGAGGACAGGUCAUGAGACCCCCCAAUCCGUCAGAAGACCACCACCUCAGCACGUCGAGCAGGCUCAGAAUGACGAGGCCGAGCAGCUCCAACCUCAGAACAACGGAGAGGACACAGCUCGGAACGAUCGCAACGCCGAGUUGAUCCAAACCCAGCCUGAACAACCGCUGACUCGCGUCCAACACGAGACGGACCACAGGGACGGGCAGACUGCCUCCUCCUCCACCCGUUCCCGUGAGAGACCGAGAACUCACCAUCGGCAGACUCGGGAUGCUACAGAUGCCCAUGGGGAAACCGACCCCUCGACCCUCGUCAUCCCCAAAGAGCUGCAGCGGACCAACCGCCUCAUCCGACUCCAGGGCGAACGGAUUGAGAAACUGGAAAAGAGGCACCGUCACCGCUCUCCCCCGCGGAGACACCGUCGAUCGCGUUCCUCCUCUUCGCGCUCCCCGCCUAGGAGGACUCGCCGACGCUCACCAUCCUCCUCUCGGUCUCCACCGAAAAGAUCUCGCCGCCAGAGGUCCUACUCGCGCUCCCCUCUGCGGAAAAGCAGGAAAAAUCGGAGGCCUGAACCCGCAGAGGAAGAGAGCCCUUCUCCCGACAGAGUGGAAAGAAGGCUCGCCAGGAAGGGGAGGAAACCUCGCACGGAGGAACCCGACCGGCGUAACACACGCUCGAUCUCUCCGAGCGCCAGCGACGAGGAGGAAUUCCACAGCCCUUUGUCUGAAAGCAUUAGAAGGGCCCGCCUUCCCCGAGGAAUGGAAAAACCCCCGACUUUGGAUGCAUACGACGGGACUACAGAUCCCGACGACCACAUCAGAAACCUGGAGGCCGUCAUGGAGUAUCACGUCGUCCAAGGCUCUAUCAAAUGUCGGAUCUUCCCGACCACGCUCCGGAAGGGGGCAAUGACCUGGUACAGGAAUCUCCCUCCCAACUCCAUCAAGUCUUGGGCCGAGCUCAAGGAACUCUUUCUGAGUCACUUCACUGCUUCCUGCCGUCAACCGAAAUCAGAGCAAACCUCGAAGCUGUAG